AUGACACCUACCACUCCUUCUACGACACCGUCUACACCUUCAACAACGAAGUCUACGUCAUCUUCUACAAUAACACUUCCAACCAUAACGACUCCAACCACUCCUUCUACAACACCAAGCACUCCAUCUACCACGAUGUCGACAUCCUCUAGUACAGCAUCCUCGUCAUCUUCUUCUACAGUAACACUUCCAACGGCAAUGACACCUACCACUCCUUCUACGACACCGUCUACACCUUCAACAACGAAGUCUACGUCAUCUUCUACAAUAACACUUCCAACCAUAACGACGCCAACCACUCCUUCUACAACACCAAGCACUCCAUCUACCACGAUGUCGACAUCCUCUAGUACAGCAUCCUCGUCAUCUUCUUCUACAGUAACACUUCCAACGGCAAUGACACCUACCACUCCUUCUACGACACCGUCUACACCUUCAACAACGAAGUCUACGUCAUCUUCUACAAUAACACUUCCAACCAUAACGACUCCAACCACUCCUUCUACAACACCAAGCACUCCAUCUACCACGAUGUCGACAUCCUCUAGUACAGCAUCCUCGUCAUCUUCUUCUACAGUAACACUUCCAACGGCAAUGACACCUACCACUCCUUCUACGACACCGUCUACACCUUCAACAACGAAGUCUACGUCAUCUUCUACAAUAACACUUCCAACCAUAACGACUCCAACCACUCCUUCUACAACACCAAGCACUCCAUCUACCACGAUGUCGACAUCGUCUAGUACAGCAUCCUCGUCAUCUUCUUCUACAGUAACACUUCCAACGGCAAUGACACCUACCACUCCUUCUACGACACCGUCUACACCUUCAACAACGAAGUCUACGUCAUCUUCUACAAUAACACUUCCAACCAUAACGACUCCAACCACUCCUUCUACAACACCAAGCACUCCAUCUACCACGAUGUCGACAUCCUCUAGUACAGCAUCCUCGUCAUCUUCUUCUACAGUAACACUUCCAACGGCAAUGACACCUACCACUCCUUCUACGACACCGUCUACACCUUCAACAACGAAGUCUACGUCAUCUUCUACAAUAACACUUCCAACCAUAACGACUCCAACCACUCCUUCUACAACACCAAGCACUCCAUCUACCACGAUGUCGACAUCCUCUAGUACAGCAUCCUCGUCAUCUUCUUCUACAGUAACACUUCCAACGGCAAUGACACCUACCACUCCUUCUACGACACCGUCUACACCUUCAACAACGAAGUCUACGUCAUCUUCUACAAUAACACUUCCAACCAUAACGACGCCAACCACUCCUUCUACAACACCAAGCACUCCAUCUACCACGAUGUCGACAUCCUCUAGUACAGCAUCCUCGUCAUCUUCUUCUACAGUAACACUUCCAACGGCAAUGACACCUACCACUCCUUCUACGACACCGUCUACACCUUCAACAACGAAGUCUACGUCAUCUUCUACAAUAACACUUCCAACCAUAACGACUCCAACCACUCCUUCUACAACACCAAGCACUCCAUCUACCACGAUGUCGACAUCCUCUAGUACAGCAUCCUCGUCAUCUUCUUCUACAGUAACACUUCCAACGGCAAUGACACCUACCACUCCUUCUACGACACCGUCUACACCUUCAACAACGAAGUCUACGUCAUCUUCUACAAUAACACUUCCAACCAUAACGACUCCAACCACUCCUUCUACAACACCAAGCACUCCAUCUACCACGAUGUCGACAUCGUCUAGUACAGCAUCCUCGUCAUCUUCUUCUACAGUAACACUUCCAACGGCAAUGACACCUACCACUCCUUCUACGACACCGUCUACACCUUCAACAACGAAGUCUACGUCAUCUUCUACAAUAACACUUCCAACCAUAACGACUCCAACCACUCCUUCUACAACACCAAGCACUCCAUCUACCACGAUGUCGACAUCCUCUAGUACAGCAUCCUCGUCAUCUUCUUCUACAGUAACACUUCCAACGGCAAUGACACCUACCACUCCUUCUACGACACCGUCUACACCUUCAACAACGAAGUCUACGUCAUCUUCUACAAUAACACUUCCAACCAUAACGACUCCAACCACUCCUUCUACAACACCAAGCACUCCAUCUACCACGAUGUCGACAUCCUCUAGUACAGCAUCCUCGUCAUCUUCUUCUACAGUAACACUUCCAACGGCAAUGACACCUACCACUCCUUCUACGACACCGUCUACACCUUCAACAACGAAGUCUACGUCAUCUUCUACAAUAACACUUCCAACCAUAACGACUCCAACCACUCCUUCUACAACACCAAGCACUCCAUCUACCACGAUGUCGACAUCCUCUAGUACAGCAUCCUCGUCAUCUUCUUCUACAGUAACACUUCCAACGGCAAUGACACCUACCACUCCUUCUACGACACCGUCUACACCUUCAACAACGAAGUCUACGUCAUCUUCUACAAUAACACUUCCAACCAUAACGACUCCAACCACUCCUUCUACAACACCAAGCACUCCAUCUACCACGAUGUCGACAUCCUCUAGUACAGCAUCCUCGUCAUCUUCUUCUACAGUAACACUUCCAACCGCAAUGACACCUACCACUCCUUCUACGACACCGUCUACACCUUCAACAACGAAGUCUACGUCAUCUUCUACAAUAACACUUCCAACCAUAACGACUCCAACCACUCCUUCUACAACACCAAGCACUCCAUCUACCACGAUGUCGACAUCCUCUAGUACAGCAUCCUCGUCAUCUUCUUCUACAGUAACACUUCCAACGGCAAUGACACCUACCACUCCUUCUACGACACCGUCUACACCUUCAGCAACGAAGUCUACGUCAUCUUCUACAAUAACACUUCCAACCAUAACGACGCCAACCACUCCUUCUACAACACCAAGCACUCCAUCUACCACGAUGUCGACAUCCUCUAGUACAGCAUCCUCGUCAUCUUCUUCUACAGUAACACUUCCAACGGCAAUGACACCUACCACUCCUUCUACGACACCGUCUACACCUUCAACAACGAAGUCUACGUCAUCUUCUACAAUAACGACUCCAACCACUCCUUCUACAACACCAAGCACUCCAUCUACCACGAUGUCGACAUCCUCUAGUACAGCAUCCUCGUCAUCUUCUUCUACAGUAACACUUCCAACGGCAACUUCCAACCAUAACGACUCCAACCACUCCUUCUACAACACCAAGCACUCCAUCUACCACGAUGUCGACAUCCUCUAUAACACUUCCAACCGCAAUGACACCUACCACUCCUUCUACGACACCGUCUACACCUUCAACAACGAAGUCUACGUCAUCUUCUACAAUAACACUUCCAACCAUAACGACUCCAACCACUCGAUCUACCACGAUGUCUACAUCCUCUACUACAGCAUCGACGUCAACAUCUACCCCAAUAACAUUACCAACUUUGUCGCCCUUAACUACAUCGCGAACACCUGCAACAACGGCAUCAACCACCACUUUACCUACAUCACCAAUAGUACCAUUUCUAACCAUUACGACACGUAUUCCUGGUGCAACAUCCAGCAUCAGCUCAAAUGCUAA